AGGAACGCUCUGUACAGUGUACACAGUAUAUCCGCUGACAACGUUUUAGAUAAGACGAUAAAAUUUAAUCAACCGGUUACAAACUUACUAACAAGUUGCAAUCAGAACAGUUUUGAAUACUAUUAACGCCGUGAAUACUGAACUAUGGUUUAAAGGCAUUAGGCAAAGGCAAGUUUUAUCGAAUUAAAAUCGGUGGUGACUACUGACCAUGUGGGCAUUAAAAUCAUCAGCAAAUAGGACAUUGAUCAAACUAAACAUAUCAAAGUAAAAACCAACAGCAGUUUCGACUUGGUAAAAUACAAACCAUACAGGCAACAACGAACAAUAAAAAUGGCAUCUUUUUUUAAAUGGUACAGAUUUUACAGCCACACGUAUCCAAUAAGGACCAAUCUCGUUCAAACCGGUCUAUUAUUUGGUCUCGGUGAUUUAAUGGCUCAAAGCGCAGUAGAAAAGCGUAAACCUGAUGAAAUUGAUUGGUUACGUACAGUUCGCUAUGCAUCUAUUGGAUGUGCGGUUGGACCUACACUUACUAUGUGGUACAAAACGUUGGACAGAUUAGGAACUAAAAACACAAUACCAAUAGUGGCUAAAAAAAUAUUAGUCGAUCAAAUGAUUGCAUCACCAAUUAUUAAUGGAGCUGUAAUGAUUAUGAGUAGAGUGUUCAGUGGUGACGAAUGGCCACAAAUACAAAAUAAACUGGAAGCCAAUUAUGUGAAAGUUAUGCUCACUAGUUACUUGAUUUGGCCAGCUGUACAGACAUUUAAUUUCACCAUUGUUCCACAGCAAUACAGGGUUUUAACAGUGCAAAUAGUGUCAUUAGCUUGGAAUACAUAUCUUUCAUUUAUGAGCGUUGGUGGUGAAAAAUCAAAAUAA